AUGGCGCCUUCAAGUAUCCAAGAUCUGUUUGAUGUCGACAAUCUCACCUCCAAAAGCAUCACCAAACCUGCUCCAACACAUCAGCCAACUGCGCCAGACUGCGAACUCUUCCGCCACCUAGUACCACUAGUCUUAAGUGGCAAGACAGUACAUCUCAACGCAGCCUUCAUGCCCCCUUCAAAUCUCAUCGCUUUAAAUCAUCCCUCUCCAAAGGCCCACUGGAAAGAAGACAUCGAAGCAGUGAGGGUGCUCCUGGGCAGAUACAUCAACACGGAACUUGAGGCCUCGGAUGAAGCUUCCCAGGCCUUUGGUGGCGAUAACGUCGUGACUCUCAACUGCGAACAUCCGAAUCAGGCGUUCCCUUGGCUGACGCUCCGCUCGACUGGGCUGGAAGUCAGACUCGUCCCUACAGACACGGAGAACCCAGUCGCUGCGGAUGCGGCCACUUUUGUGCCGUUUCGCAACAAUGUAGCGGGUGUCUGCGCGGCGUUUAGGCAUAAGGGAAUUCACGUUCUCGCGGACCUCACGCAACAAGUCGGUUUUACUGCCGUCGAUGUGAAAGCGUUGGGUGUCUCGGCGGCGGCGUUCAGCCUCCACAAGGGCCUCAACUCGCCGACCGGCUUCGCAGCGCUGUACGUUGACACGAAUGUCAUCAAGAAGAUCGAUCCGAUUCCAUCUAUUAUAGGGUAUGGCGGCGUCAGCAGUGUCGGCGAUUCGGAGGACUUUACGGUUCCGGAAGGCCCUGUCAUAUUUCACCCUACCGCGAAACAAUACGAGCACGCCAACAUGAGCCUCAUCUCAGCCGUGGCCGCUGGGACAUUUCUUCAGUUUGAUCUCGACGUGAUGGAGCCCAAAACUCUCGAGGAUCGCUUGUAUAGUCUUGGAGAUACGCUGCGACAAUCUUGUGCUGACUUGGGUGUUAGUGUUGUUGGGCCGAGCGAGAGGAGACACCACGCACCGCAUCUCCAUGUUCUUCAUUUGCAGGACAGGAGGUGGAUAGAUCGUUUGGAAGCGGCGGGUAUUUAA